GAGCGGAGGCAGCCGCGCCCGCCCGCCCCGCCCCUGGAUGCCGCUCUGCCCCGGCGCGGCCGCCGAUCGCAGCACAGGAGGCGCCGCCGCCGCGGUUGAUGUGGUUGGCCUGGGGCUGAGGAGGCCGCCAAGAUGCCGCAGUCCAAGUCCCGGAAGAUCGCGAUCCUGGGCUACCGGUCUGUGGGGAAAUCCUCGUUGACGAUCCAGUUUGUGGAAGGCCAGUUCGUGGACUCCUAUGACCCGACCAUCGAGAACACCUUCACGAAGCUGAUCACGGUGAACGGGCAGGAGUACCAUCUGCAGCUCGUCGACACGGCUGGGCAGGAUGAAUACUCCAUCUUCCCUCAGACGUACUCCAUCGACAUCAACGGUUACAUUCUCGUGUACUCUGUCACGUCCAUCAAAAGUUUUGAAGUGAUUAAAGUCAUCCACGGCAAGUUGCUGGACAUGGUGGGGAAGGUGCAGAUACCUAUCAUGUUGGUUGGGAACAAGAAAGACCUGCACAUGGAAAGGGUGAUCAGUUACGAAGAAGGGAAGGCGUUAGCAGAAUCUUGGAAUGCAGCUUUUUUGGAGUCGUCUGCUAAAGAAAAUCAAACUGCUGUUGACGUGUUCAGGAGGAUAAUUUUGGAGGCAGAGAAAAUUGACGGGGCUGCUUCGCAAGGCAAGUCUUCCUGCUCGAUGAUGUGAGUCCACGCGGCCCGAGGACGCUGGGGCCCACCCCGCGCGGAGACAGGCUGCCGGAGGCCGGGGGGUGAACUCGGCCUCGUUUUCCUCUGUUAACCUGAAAGAUUUCAUCUGGGUCAGAGCCUUCCCCGCCAACCCCUCAGAUUAUGUUGAACUCUGACUCUGUCCACAUGAAUUCACUUCCACUUUCAAAUUUUAAGCAAUCAUAUUUUCAAUUUAUAUAUUGUAUUUCUUAUUAAUAUUAUGACCAAGAAUUUUAUCGGCAUUAAUUUUUAAGUGUAGUUUGUUGUUUAAAAUAAUGUAAUCAUCAAAAGACGCAUAUUGUUACACUACUGUUCACUAGGCUUCCAUAUAUCAGUGUUUAUUUCAUCGUUAAAUGUAUACUUGUAAAUAAAACAGCUGCAGACCUUA